AUGGUGUUCAUGAGAGCACAGUUCGGAGAAUUCGUAGGGAAGGAACGAAUAUCCGUAAUUUUGCAGAUCAGGGGUCCCAAAUAUUACAAUGGAAAAACCAGAGGAAACCAAAACAUGACGACCUUGAUAGCAGUUUAUAUAAGUGGUUCCUUGAAAGACGAAGGAAGUGCAGAUGAAGAAAGUGCAGAACGGUUUUUAAUUAACUUUGCCAAGAAAGUAGAGGAAGAAGGCAUCGAGGAACACAAUAUUUAUAACAUGGACGAAAGUGGUUUAAUGUGGAAGGCUAUUCCUUCGAAAACUUUGGUCCAUGUUCGCGAUGCCUGGGAAGAUGUCACCAGCAAUGAUAUUAAGAAUGGCUGGAACAAAAUUUUUACAAAAGACUCUGAGGAUUCUUCGGAAGAUGCAUUGAACACAACAAUAGAUUCGGAAAUAAGCGAACUAAUCCAUACAAUAAAUGGCGAACCAAUUAAUCAGGAACUGUUAAACGAUUUCUUUUUAUUAUUGGAUCAAGUGGAAAACAUGGAUAUUACGGAACAAGAAGGGGAAGCAGACAUAGAAGAAGAAAUAGAAGGAGGAGACGAACGGCAUGGAGAAGAAGAGGAAGAAGAGCAGCAUCGAGAAGAAGAAGCAGUAACGGAGUUAGAAACGUCACAAGAAUUACCGAUUAUUCAAGCCAAUGAAAACCUUGAAGAACGAAAACUGAGGGAGUUACAGUGGAUAGACACCCUCAUUAAGAACUGGGGCAAUAAUAAACCCCAUGUACAAAUAAUGGGCGAGGCAUUUAAAAAAAUAUUGGAGGCAGAAGCCUUGCCAGAAAAUUAA